CAUUACACCUUCCAGCUUGUAUUUUGUGGAAGAAUAAGAUUUGAGAUGAUCGAUGUUUCAAGAACGCCGGAGUUCUCCAACUGUGGAAACAUGAAUUCAAUCUCGAUGGUCACAUCGUCUGACCAAGACCUGGAAUCUAUGGCAGGAAGCAGGGGCAGGCAAAGGUCUCACUCCUAUUACAGUGCGGAGGACAGUAAGAAUUAUGGUGAGCAGACACAGACAGAGGAAACCUCUCUACGACCUCGCUCCAGGUCCUUUUACAGUUAUGAGACAUCAGAGCUUUACACUAACUACGAUGUGGCAAACUUUGCAAUGUGCUGUCCACCGAGGCAGAGAGAUGGGGCUGGUGUUCGAGUCCCCUUAAAGAAGUCCAAGUCUAAACCAAACAAGCAAUCACCAACAAGAGAGCUUAGUGGCAGUAAAGGCAGUCUCAAGUCAGUGGCGAUGAUGACUAUCUCCGAGUCGGACAAUUGGGAAAUUUGCUCCAGCUCAGGGAUGAAGUAUGGCCAGUUUGUGGACUGGGAGAAGAUUGACCCAGAAGCUGCAAAGAGAUACCAGCAGAUCUUGAAGAGUGAUCAUCAGCAGUUGAAAAUUAUGGGUCGAGAGGGAUUCUGGGCCAUGCCCCACACACUGAGGGCCAAAGCGUACUAUCACAUCAUCCACAGCAUCAAUUCCAGUAGGUGCGUCACUCCAGACCGAGAUGUCUACAAUGAACUCUCCAAGACGCUCUUUGGAGAGCAGAAGAUCAGCAACCAUCCAGUCCCAGAGUACAUGGAGGCAGGAGAAAUACCCCGAUACUGUCUCAACAAAGCAGGCCUGAACUCUGUGAAAAAGAUCCUCCUUUGCCUCGGCCAAUCUAUCCCAGACAUGAACUUCUGCCCCAUCCUGCCCGAAUUGGUCUCCCUCCUCCUCCACUUCAGCGAGGACGAAGCUGAGUGUUUCCACAGUGUGUCACGACUUAUCUGCUACACUGACCCCAACAAACGUUACAUCGACCAGACCUUCCUCACGUACCGUGCUUCUUGCAUGACCUUCGGAGACCUCGCUAACAGGUGCUGCAGAGGCAUCCGUAAGCUGAUCGCCAGCUCUCACCAGAACCUCUUUGAGUUUUACUCUGACUGGACCAUGUGGAUAUUCGCUGACCUCCCGUUCACAUACGCCAUCAGAGUGCUGGAUGUCUACUUAUUGGAGGGCUACAAGGUCCUCUACAGGGUGGCAUUGGCUUUGCUUAGCCUCUACAAAAUCUCUGUUUCAUCUCGAGUGGCGGACGUGGAGGACUUCAGAACAGAUAUGAAAAGGUUCGUUCAGAACAUAGCUCGCCACAUCACGGCUGAGAAGCUUCUGGAAAAGGCCUUCAUGAUUCCGAUGGCCACACGGAGAGAGCUCAACCUCCUGUUCAAUGCCAAUAAGGACUCCCUCAUGCAAAAGGGUGUCAGCACACAUCAGAAGAGGCAGUCGGUUGAGACGGUGGACUUUAACAACUUCACCUCCAGUGUUGUGACAGGGACUGAGAUGAGAGUCGUCUGGGCCUGGAUACCUGAGCGAUUUGCCCUUUUCAGCCCCAUCAGGCUUUUUAGUACAGCUGAACAAGGAAGAGGCCUGGCUUUAUUCUAUACACACGUGGAGGGACACGAACCAGCAGUCUUGAUUAUCAAAACUGUGGAUGAAGAGGUCUUUGGUGCCUUCCUGUCCACAGAUGUAAUAGAAAGACAAAAGUAUGACUCUGAGGGACUUACAUUCUUUGGAACUGGGGAAUGUUUUGUUUUUACGCUUCGUCCCAGCAUGGAGCGCUACCAGCAGGCUAUGGUCAACAUAAUGACCAAGAGAGCCUCCCCUCGGCAGGUGCAAGACAGCAAUGGCGUCUCAUCUCCAGUAUCCAAUGGUGGCAUCUCCCCAAUCACAACCACCACCACCACUGACACCAAAAUUCUGACUUGUCCUGCUGGAACCCCCCAAGACCCCAGCUACCUGACGAUCCCCUUCACUGCCCCGUCAGCAGAACCCAUGACUGCCAAACAGCCGAAAAGACCCAAGGAACAUGAAGCAUCCAUGUUCAUAGCAGGCAGUGACAGUCAGCUCAUAAUCGGUGGUGAUGGAGGCCACGCACUCUGCCUACAGGAAGACCUAGAAAGGGGAUACUCAGAGCCUUGUGACACAUUCAAGAGCAUCCCACUCUGCAAGGGACAUUUCAAGAUCCAGGCCCUCGAAGUGUGGGGCAUCCAGAACUCUAUUUCCCUUUCUCACAGUCUUCCCUCUCAGUAAAAUAACGGGAGAGCAGCCUUGUAACUUUGCAUCUUUUGGUAAACACUGGACCAGUUUGUCAUGAUGCUGUGUCUUUAGACUUGAUAUUUAUGUACAUUAUUAUGUAAUUUAUUUUGUGAAAUGCACAUAUAUGCACAUACUGUGAAGCAACUGAGUGAUAUUUUACUUGACUUGUUAUCUACAUGUCAAGUCAAGUUUAUUUGUGUAGCCUGAUAUCACAUGCUUUGUCUUACUGGACUUUACAAGCCCACAUAAAGAAUGGUUCCUAUUUUAGUGAAGCUGUCUAAAAACACAAGGGAAAUCUCAACAGGUUGAUACACACCAGCUACAAGAGCAAGCAUGUAGUGCAACACAAUAUGCAGUAAUAAAUCCAUGAUUCAUCAUCAUUAAUAUACAAGUAAAUAACUGAAUAAUUCUGGUUUUUGCUGUGUAGACAAUCUGUUGGGAAAUUGUACCUUCAAGAUGUAUACCUGCUUCUAUGUAUUUUUUCUUAUUAUUUUGCAGUUUAUUUGCAUUUGAUACACAAACUGCAUGCACUUUUUAAUGUUAUGAUCAGCUGAUCUUUUUUUCUCACUGUCUAAUAACUUAUUCAGAUAUAUGACCUGUUGUGAACAUAAUAAUUUUUACUGUGUAUGUAACGGCAAAAGCAAAUGAGCUUCAUACUGAAAACAUAUUUUUACUUUCUGUACACUGCUUCGCUUUUCUUACUUCCUGAGUUUAAAGCUUGACUUUGUUAACAGGUGUAUUACUAAUAAAGUGUCUAGGCCUGUG